UAAAGAUUACGUCACGGCUACCAUGUUUUUGCAUGACCAGCCAAGUCGAACCGCAGCCGCAGCCUAACUUAUAGCGUGUUGUGGUGUUACGGUGGUGGUGUUUUGUUCAGCGUAAGUGAUGCCACUGUGAUGAAAACGACGUUGCGUGUAUGAUCAUCUAUACGAUAUGAAGCCGCGUAAACGUUACCUCGAUCCCGGAGGUGGUGUUACCGACCUGCCGUACACCACAAGAAAAAGGCUUGCCGAAAAUAAGGCUGUGUUGCAGCAGGCAACCGUUCAAGAUGCUGCAUGUUCCGUCAUCUCGUCGGAAACUUCUAGCCCUCGGCAUGCGUAUUUGGGGUCUGAUGAAGACGCUGUGCCUUCACCAUCACCUCCACACGAGAGUGAUGCCGGCGAUGCUACGCUGCAGCCAGAACCAGCGCAAGGGGAAGAACCGCAGCUCACUCCUGACGACCUGUUGGCGCUGGCUGUGAACUUUGCCAUUCAAUACGCGCUGCCGUGGAAAGGGGUAGAGGCACUUCAGAGGCUGCUGGCAUAUGUUUUGAGACGAAGCGAUGUACCAGUUACAAAGUUUCUAUUCAGAAAAAAUGCUGGCAUCAGCAUCGAUGCUGCGAAGUUUCAUUUUUAUUGCAUCAACUGCAAGUCCCUCGUCUCUGAGACGUCGGGCCGCCUGGCCGAAAGGAACAACACUCGAGGCAACUGCAGUGUGUGCAGUAAAAGUUACAGUGGGAAGGAGAUGCUGCGCGACGGACACUUCUAUGUCAGCCUCCCGCUGCGCCAACAGUUGGCGUCGAUACUGUCCACGCAGGAAGUUGCGGUUGCGCUCCGAGACAGGCUGAAUGAGAUCGACGACUGCAGCAGUAGGAGCGAGGGAGAUGAAAUGGGGGACAUCACGGACGGAAAGGGCUACCUUGCCAUGCGCCAAAAAUUGAAGAAAAAUGACCUGAGCCUGACCUUCAACUCCGACGGAAGUCCGCUCUUCAAGUCAUCCAAGUACGCCAUCUGGCCAGUGCAAGUGAUAAUCAAUGAGCUGGCACCACAUCACCGUAACAGACGUGUGGUGACUACCACACUCUGGUACGGACAAUCGCAUCCACAAAUGGAAUUAUUGAUGGGGAGUUUUGUUCAAGAAUUGGAACACCUCGCGCAAAAUGGCAUCACUUGGACGGAUGGGACAAGCUCUGUCACUUCGCAGGUCUACCUCUUCAGCUGCUGUGCUGAUGCCCCAGCAAGGGCAAUAAUGCAAAACAUGCGCCAAUUCAAUGGGUACUUUGGCUGUGGCUGGUGCCUGCAUCCUGGAUCCAUUGUAGACGGAACCAUAAAAUACACAAUGGGUGAGCCAGUACCAGAUAGAACAGCAGAAGAAACCACUGAUGACAUGGAGACAGCAGCAAACACAGGAACAGUUGUUCAAGGCAUAAAAGGUCCCACUCCAUUAAUUAACAUGCCACAUUUUGAUAUAAUCUGGGGAUUCAUCCCAGAUUAUAUGCACUGUGUCUUGCUGGGUGUUAUGCGCCAGUUAACAGAACUGUGGCUGUCCGGUGUGGGCAAGCCUUACUACAUAGGGAGGCCAGCCCUCUUCACUGUUGUAGACACACGGCUGUGCAGUAUAAAGCCACCUCUGUGCUUCAGAUUGCAGCGCUCACUUUCCUUGCGGAAGUAUUGGAAGGCUGUUGAGUGGCAGCAGUGGCUGUUGUGGUUUUCAGUGCCUUGUUUGCAUGGCAUUUUGCCUACCGACUAUUUCAAGCAUUUCACCUUGCUUGUUAAGGGAGUGUCACUGCUGCUGAUGGACAGUGUCAGCAGCAUGGAUGUCAGUGAGAGUGCCAGCCUACUAGCUAAGUUUGUAGUUGGUGUGCAGUUUCUUUAUGGAGAGAAAGAGAUGACUUUUAAUGUACACCAGCUUCUACACUUGCCUAAGAGUGUGACAUUGCAGGGACCACUUUGGUCACAUUCGUGCUUUGUAUUCGAGUCAAACAUUGGGCAUGUGAAGGAGCUGGUUACAUCUGCAAAAGGAGUGCCCAUCCAAAUUGUGGAGCGGCUCUUGAUGGCUAGUGCUUUCGCCAGUCUUAAAGCGUUGACUUCUCCUCAGACCAAAGAAUUCCUUGUCCAAAGGCAAUGAUGCAAUGUGCCAGGCAGUUGUUUUUAUGAUUGGCAAACCACAAAAAGUGAUGCAGCCACUUGAGAACUUGCUAGAGAAUCAUGUUGACGACAUAAUAAUGAGCCCUGUUGUGGAACACAACAAAGUUUCAGUGUCGCGAUAUGUGUUCAAUAGUAAACACUACAAAAGACCAAACAAAACAGACUGCACCACUGCUCUCCUUCCUUCUGGAGCAUGUGUUAUCAUUGCUCAUAUUUUAGGGUUUAAGGAUAUCUUUGGCAGAGAUAGAGCUUUUGCAGUCGGUGAAAAAUUUGAGAAACGUGAGACACAAGUUCCUCAUAUUUACAAAGCUCGAAGUGUUCAGUCCAGUUUUGUUUUUGAGAUAGAGGCUGGCAUGGUACCAUGUGUGUACAUGGAGAUUGAGCACGAUGUUUUCUUCGCACCUCUUGUUUUUAAAGCCCUAUUUAAAAAUAAGUGAUUUAUGAAGGGUUUUCAAGUACAAUUUAAAAUAGACUUUUCUUUUUCAAUUCUAUGUGAUGUUUCAAUGACCAAAUGUUUGCUUAAUUUUUUGUCAUAUCUUUAUUAGUAUUCUGUUGGUUUUACUUUAGUUGCCGCGAUAUUAUCGCCCAUCUUUAUGUGCGUGCAACUGCCAUUUUACUGGAAUUAUUUUUGCCACACUGUGCACCAGCCAAUUUCAUGCAUUGGCAUUUAUGGCAGUUCAUUUGGCACAUUUGUAGAAGUGUUUCCCCAAACGCAUUUGACUUAUAUGUUCUCAGUGAUACUGACAUAAUGAAGUAUUGCCGUGUGUAUUAUGUAAUGAUAAGUCUGCAGGUCUCAUUCAGAAAUAACCUGUUCUCAGAGCUGGAUUUGGACUGUUCCCGUAAUGGAUGAAUACAUUGUCAAUUUUUUCAUUUGCUAGUUUAUUUCACCGCCUUUUUUGUGCUGAUUACUUCACUAUGCCUUGUUUUCAUGAAUUGUAUGUAUGCACAACAGUAGAGUGGAACGUGGAGUGUUGUUUAUAUCUGUUGUCUUGAAGGUAUGGCAAUGAAAUCUCAUUUAUUUUGUGUUUAGCCUUAUUGCUGUAGCUUUGAAGUCGUAUGCGAUAUGAAUAUUUAAUUAACUAGAACUAAGAGACCAGAAAACUCAAGGAAAGUAUAGGGAAUGUUUCUUGUAGUAAUUGUAGUGUAAAGCCUGAAGAAAGUAAAGUGGAAGAAAAGAUAGCUUGCCGCUGGCAGGGACCGAACCUGUGACCUUCGAAUAACCCGUCCAAUGCUCUACCACUGAGCUACAGCGGCGGCCAUCCCCCGGUCCACUUUGUUGGGUAUAUAUGUGCAUUUAAGCUUGGGAGUGUUAGUCAGCGCUGCUAGUAGCCAUGACGGCGAGCGUGGAACACUUUAUGCCUGCUGGUGUCACGAAGCACGUGACGCCCUGAGGUAGUAAGCGAGGGAUUAUUGGUCAGUUGCCAGCUCGUGAAAAAGAUCACGUGCUUCGUGAUGCCAGCAGGCAUAAAAAGGCAUAAAAAUACAGCUUGCAACUUGCGCCUGCAAUUUCUUGAUCUUUGUUUUUCUUUACUGAAAUUUGUUGUAAUAAAAAGUCAUGUGUACUCUUAAUAUGUAUUGUAUGUAUCUUUAUGGCUCUUAUUUCUG